AUGGCGGGCUCGUGGUGGCGGCGGCGGCGGCGGCGGUUUCUUCUCCCUCUCUUUGCCGUCCUUUUGGUCAUGUUUUUGUCCUCUGCGUCUGCUCAGCAGCUGUCGCCGUCGCAGACCAAGACGCUCUUCCGCCUGCAGCGUAUGCUGGAGUACCCUGCCGCCUUCAGCGGGUUGAACAACUACACAAAUCCUUGCUAUCUCCCGCCCUCCCCCUUCCUCUCCAUUGUCUGCUCCGAGAACCGCAUCACCGAGCUCUCCAUCACCGGCGGCGGCGGCGCCGUCGCCCACCUUCCCCCUCACUUCAACAUCGACUCCUUCUUCACCACUCUGUCGAGGCUCCCUAGCCUCACCGUGCUUUCCCUUGUAUCCCUCGGCCUGUGGGGGCCCCUUCCCGCCAAGGUCGACCGCUUCUCGUCCCUCCGCGUCCUGAACCUGAGCUCCAACUUCAUCACUGGGGGUAUACCUUGGGAGAUCUCCUCCAUGGAGACUCUACAGAGCCUCGUGCUCGCCGGCAAUCGGCUCAACGGCACGGUGCCCGACCUCCAGUCGCUGUCGGCGCUAGAGGAGGUGAAUUUGGGUGGGAACCGCCUGGGCCCCGAGUUCCCCCUCCUCGGGAGGAGCGUCGUCACCGUGGUGCUGAGAAACAACUCGUUCCGUGCUGGCAUACCGCCGGAGAUGCAGUUCUUCGACAGGCUUCAGACUCUGGACGUCUCCUCCAACCAGCUCAUCGGCCCGAUCCCGCCAUUCCUGUUCUCCCUCCCCUCGAUCAGGUCUAUGGAUUUGUCCGGCAACCUGCUCUCCGGUGCUCUACCAGCAAAGCUCUCCUGCGGGGGCGGCCUCCGUUUCAUCGACAUCUCCCGCAAUCGUCUGUUGGGGAGGCUUCCUGCAUGCAUCCUCUCCAAUUCCUCCGCCACGGUGGUUCUCUACUCAGGGAACUGUCUGCUCACUGGGGAUUCGAGGCUUCAGCACCCAACUUCUUACUGCAAUCAGGGCGCCAUUGCGGCCAUCAUGCCCACCCCCAGGAAGGAGAGCCAGCCGAAUAACCGGCUGGGCUUCAUCUUGGGCAUAGUCGGAGGCAUCGUCGGAGCCGCCUUCGUGCUGGGUCUGGUUCUGGUCUUCAUCAUGAAGAAAUCGAGCAACUCGAGCGGAGACAGGGGUGCCCUUCUGAAACCCCCGGCGCCGGAGAAAGCACCGCCAGUUCGGGCCCCGCGCCGACUUCCCCACGAUGCAAGUAAGCGAAUCCCUCCACACCGCCUGCUCUCAUUCAGCCUCGAACAGAGAUCGAGGAUUCGCACGAUUUUUGUUCACGGCUGCUGUCUUCAUCAAUAUUUCUCUUCCACUGCUCAGGGCACUUGCUGCAAUCUGCGAGACUGGCUUCGGCCGGCGUGGGAUUGUACCGCACCUUCACCAGAGAGGAGGUCGAAGAAGCAACCUGCAACUUCAGCCCCGAAAACCUGGUGCUGGAGAACAAAUCCCAACACCAGGUAUGAUUCUGAAAGAUGGGUUGUUGUCUACAGGCUCGUGAACUCUGAAUGUUUCUUCUCUGUCCCAUCUAUAGCUGUACAACGGCCGGCUCCGGGAUGGCUCCAAGGUGGUGGUCAAAUGCCUGAGGUUGAAGCAGAGAUACUCCCCUCAGAGCAUGGCCCAGUUCAUCGACGUGAUCUCGAAGCUGAGACACCGCCAUCUGGUUAGCGUGCUCGGCCACUGCGUCGAUGACGAUCAGGAGGACUCCGCCUCACGCCACUGCAUGUAUCUCAUGCUCGAGGCCGUCUCUAAUGGAAAUCUAAGGAGCCAUUUGACCGGUGAGCAGCAUUCGAUGAAGAGUUUUUUCUCUGCAGAAUUCUCUUCUCUCUUUUAUUGAUUGAUCUUGUUUCACGGGAAGAAUGGCGGAAGCGUGAGAUGCUCAAGUGGCCCCAGAGAGCGGCGGCGGCGAUCGGGGUCGCCAGGGGGGUCCAGUUCUUGCACUCCGUCACCGUUCCUGGCGUUUCGGGCAACGAUCUGAGCAUCGAAACCAUCUCACUGGACGAGACCCUCACGGCGAAGAUCAGCAGCUACAAUCUUCCUAUGGCGUCGAAGAACAAGAACGUCAAGGUCAACCCAUAUAAUCUUCUCAAGCUUCCACUCUACCCUCGCUAAUUUUCAUGGUGUGGUCCUUCAGGGAGGAGUGGAGAGCCCCUUUUACGGAAUCGAAGACGGCGAUCUCGCCUGGUACGUUCCCCUCGCCCUCUUCUCUCUCUCUCUCUCUCUCUCUCUCUCUCUCUCUGUGAAGAAACCAUGGGAGCUCAUGUCUGAAAGUUGAGCAACGUGUCUGGAUUUCCCUUCUGCAGCAAUGGGGCCCAGAGAGAUGAACAGGGAGAGAAAAGAGACGUCUACCAGCUGGGCCUCAUCCUGCUGGAGAUCAUCACCGGGAGCCCCGUCUCCAACCCGAGCAGGCUGAACGCCUCCAUCAAUCAGGUAAGCAUUUCAGGAAAGUGGCCUUCUCUGCGCCGCCUUUCGCUGGCGUCUUUCUCAGGCGGGGUUUCUGCCUUUCUCUCCAGCUGCGAGAUUUCUUGGCGGACGGGCCGGGGAAGUUUCGUCAACUCAUUGACCCCGCCAUCGAGGGCACCUUCGCCUAUGACUCCUUGCGGACGGCGGCCGAGCUGGCGCUCAGCUGCGUCGCCGGCGACGCAAGUCAACGGCCGUCUAUCGACGACGUCAUCUGGAAUCUGCAGUACGCGGUUCAGGUCCAAGAGGGAUGGGCGACCAGUCAAAGCGGGCCCCUCUCGUGA